UCACAACUCGCGCUCGGACCGUGGUGGAAAAUACAGGCAGAAGAUGGCUGACUUAGCCGGGCUCUGCAAGCCCUCGGCGGCAUCACCAGCUCCACACGGGCCGCGGCGGCACAGCGACGAGACGUCCAGCGUUUGGCUGUAACUGUAGACGCCGCCUACUACUACUACUACUAUACGGUCCUGUACUUCGAUAUCGAGUAUAGCAACAGCAAUAUUGAAAGAAGUAUUGCAAAAAAUGGCUGAGAUGGAAAAAGAGGGCAGACCUCCGGAAAAUAAAAGAAGCAGAAAACCAGCUCAUCCAGUCAAAAGGGAGAUAAAUGAAGAAAUGAAGAGCUUCGCAGAGAACACGAUGAACGAGCUCCUGGGCUGGUACGGCUACGACAAGGUGGAGCUGAGGGAUGGGGAGAGGGAGGGCGUGGACCACCCACAGCACGUCUCUGUGCUUAAAGAGAACUCUUUAACCAAGGUGCCUGUCUCCAUGGAGACCAGCGACGCCUCCCCGAUCGGGUCCCGGACCCCGCCCGGCCCCCCCGCCUCCAGGAACGGAGUCCCGGAGCCCUCCUCCACCGCCACGGCCUCCACCUCUGCACCCCCGGGAGUCAAGGAGCACCCAGGCCUGCCCGUGAUGGUCCCCAUGGUCCCCCCGCCGCACAUCAAGCCGCCCCCAGACGAGGACGCGUCCACGGUGCAGAUCGUGUGCGCCUGGUGCCAGAAGGUGGGCGUGCGCCGCUACUCCCUGAGCAUGGGCAGCGAGCUCAAGAGCUUCUGCAGCGAGAAGUGCUUCGCCGCGUGCCGCCGCGCCUACUUCAAGAGGAACAAGCUUGGAUAUGUAAGGAAUUACGCUGCGAGAGACGACGGCGGCCAUGGUGGGAAAUUGCCCCAGCACAGCUUUGCUCAAGACCCCCCCAGGCUUGUCUACAAGACAAACAGCGAUGUGCUUGUGUGCGACUGGUGCAAGCACAUCCGCCACACUAAGGAGUACCUGGACUUUGGGGCCGGGGAGCGGAGGCUGCAGUUCUGCAGCGCCAAAUGCCUGAACCAGUACAAGAUGGACAUUUUCUACAAGGAGACCCAGGCCGCCCUGCCCGGGGCGCUCUACAACCCCGGCCACGGCGCCUCCUGCGAGGGCAAGGCCGAGUGCAGCGGCGGGGUGCAGAUGCUCACGCCGGAGUCCUGGGGCGCCCCGAUGGCGGACCUUCGGCGCAAGGCGCCGUCGCCGGGGGGCCCCGCCACCAGCUCUGCCCUGGCCCCCUCCACGUCCACCAACAACUCCCCCUCCGACCCGGGGGGCCUCUGCUCUCCGUCCUCCUCCGCCUCCGCCAAGGUCCCCACGCCGCGGCCCCACGACAACCCGGGCCUCCCCCCCCCCCACCACCACGGCCUCCACGGGCCCCUGGGCGUCUCGUCGGGCAGCCCCCCCAUGGUGAUGACGCCGCGGGGUCCCGUGCCCCUGCCGCUGUUCAUGGAGCACCAGAUGAUGCAGCACAUCCGCCCGCCGUACCUCCGCCCCUCAGCCGGCCCCCACAGCCCGCUGGCCAACCCCAUGAUCCCCGGCGUCGGCCCGCCGCCGCCGCCCCCGAGGAGCUUUGGCCCGCCCUCCAGCCCCAUGCACAGGCCCAUGCUCUCCCCCCACGGCCACCCCUCGGCCAGCCACAACCCCGGCCUCCUGCCCCCGCACCCCGGCCUCGGGAUGCCCGGCAUGCCCCCGUUCAACAUGAUGCCCAACGGACCCAUGCCCAUGCCGCCCAUGAUGAACUUCGGCAUGCCGUCCCUGGCGCCCCUGGUUCCGCCCGCGACGAUCCUGGUCCCCUACCCCGUCAUCGUGCCCCUGCCGGUGCCCAUCCCCAUCCCCAUUCCCAUCCCUUAUAGCGGCAAGUUCUUCAGGGACAAGCCCGACUGCGGCGGCCCUGUCCCGUGUGCAUCAGAGUCCUCAGAGGCCUCCGAUUCCCGGCCCCACUCCCGGGGGUCGUUUGGCGGGGACAGAGUGGAUCAGAAAGGAGGUAAACCCGUCUCGCUGUCCCUCUCCCCUGGAUACAGCCCGGGUCAGUUAAACAGUGGCCCGGACAGAAGCAGAGCGUCGGUGGUGGACCUGACGGUGAAGGCAGAGGACGGCCUGAGGAGUCUGUGUUCAUCAAGCGGGGCCGAGGUAAUGGACGGUGUGAUCGACUUAACCGUGGGCCAGCGCUCAGGCCAACAGCCUGUCAUACACAAGACGUUACCCAGGGUUCAGGUCAAGGUAGAGAGGGUCGAGAGGGAUGUGCAAUCUCCACAUGUUGCGGGACCGGGGAGGGACGGGGGAGACGUUAUGGACGGGAGAGUGCGGACUCUCUUGCAGGGCGCCGCGACGCACGCAGAGGAUUCUACCAUUUCUAAAACAGCGGCGUCAUCCGGCCGGCCCUGCAGUGCCGUGCCCGCCACGGCUAUGACCCAGCCCAGUGACUCCAGCAUACCCGGCUUCCCCGGCCAACCAACCUCCCUCAGCAGGGAUCUACGGACACCGCCCCAGCCCCUGACCCAGGUCUCAGCUCCCCCUGCCGCCCCGCGCAACCUCAUCAUCAACGGCAGCGGAUGGCACCCGCCGCCCCCGCCUGCACCCGAGUCCUCUCCGGACCGGGCCGUAGACGGGGUGGUGGUGGGAGAAGGGACGGGCGCAGGAGGACUGAGGGACGGCCAGGAGGUGCAGCCCGCCAACGGGGAGCUGGAGAGGGAGGCCCUGAAGGAGAACAGCUGCUCGGUGGCCGUCUGGGAGCCGGGGACACGGAGCCUGGCGGAGGAGGCCGAGUCGGUCCCGGGGGAGGGCAAGCCCGACCCCGACUCUGGGCUGGACCAGGACGAGGAUCCUUACUCCCUGCCGCUGCAGCCCCCUGGUGGCUGCGUGGUCAUACAACCCGUGCCAAAGGCUGACUCCGACAAGACGGCCAUCCUGUCCUGCUCCAUCAGCACGCCCCUGCUGUCCGCCGCCGGGAGCCCCGACCUGGAGCCGCCGCUGAAGAGGAGGUGCCUGCGGAUCCGCAAUCAGAACAAAUGAGGUCUAUGCUCUGAGGAACGAAGUGCCAUCAACCAGCCUUGUGCUUGCUCCGGAAGUCCUCUUUGCCCCUACAUCACUUUGGCCGAAACCCCACCACAACAACCCACCCUGAUCCACAUAACAGCACCAUAUACUGUUACCAAACAAAUGACACCCAGCACAGCACAUCACCAUCAACAGUCCACUUUACCAGCACGGCACAACAGCCGUCGACGGACGUUUAUCUGUAAACAUGGAGGACCAGACACUCGUAGACUCAUCGAUUUACUUCUCAUGGACAAUGUUGCCAAUGUCCAAGUCAAGGUCUGUUGAGCACCAGAGCUGCACACUACUGUAGGAAACAGAGCACAAGAAGGAUGUUCAAAGCCACCAAUCUUUUUCCUCUAAUCUGGAGGCCUUCAGCCUGCACUGCCCCCUCCCCUCCGCCCCCCCUCUCCCCUCCGCCCCUGUCCCCCUAACUUCUCACU